AUGGGAACAAUGGAUCGUUUAUUUGAUAAUUUUAUGAGAUUGUACAUUAUAUUGCUUACUGCGCAAACUAAUCUAGAACAAAUGCAAGUUGACAAUACUAUCAUUAGCAGAAAUCAAGAACAGGAACUAAACCAAACUAGAAGUGAAGAAUUUUCCACACACACAACAAACGGACUAGAUGUUUACACUGAUUCGAAUAGUGUCCUUUCUGAUAAUUUCUUGCAAAGUAAACCACUUGCAAGCACAAGACUUGUUGAAAGCUCACCGAAGACAGAAUUGAAUUUUGUACUGGUUAGUGCCUCAACCAUUGCAGAGACAUGUUAUUUGAAAGUUAAAAGAGGUAGAGGAAGACCAAGAAAAAAUAGCCUUAACAAAUAG